GCUUCUGGAGCUGCAGCGCGAGUACCAGGAAAUUAGCAGAGUGGGCAGGGGGCCUGCCUGCUGUCCCGUCUGCCCGCGCUGUGAACGCCCCGCGGUGGCAGCGCGACACGCCCGCUGGGGACAGGUUUGUGGCUGGAUUCCUACUCGGAUUCACUAUUCCAGACCAAAAUUGAAAAAUGGUUGACCUCACUGAGCUUAUGGAAAAUGAAGUAUUCAUGGCCUUUGCUUCCUAUACAACGAUUAUUCUUUCAAAAAUGAUGUUUAUGAGUACUGCAACUGCAUUCUUUAGAUUGACAAGAAAGGUUUUUGCCAACCCAGAAGACUGUGCAGGGUUUGGCAAAGGAGAAAAUGCCAAGAAAUAUCUUCGGACAGAUGACAAAGUGGAACGUGUGCGAAGAUGUAAUUACUUUGUGUGGAGCUCUACAUUUGAUGUGGCUGUGGAAGGGAGGGAGUUCAGGAGCCUCCUGUGUCACCAUCUUGGCUGUCCCUUUUUCACCCACAGAAUUUUUGUUGUUGUUGGGAUUCUAUUACUGAUCUAUUAAUUACCGUGUCCUAACACUGAAACAUCAAAGUUAUAUAUCAAUUUCUCAUUUAGUGUAUUCUUUUCUCUUUUUUUUAAUGUUUAUUUAUUUUUGAGAGAGAGAGAUACAGAGCAUGAGCAGGGAAGGGACAGAGAGAGGGAUACACUGAAUCUGAAGCAGGCUUCAGGCUCUGACCUGUCAGCACAGAGCCUAACACAGGGCUGAGGCUCACAAACCACAAGGUCAUGACCUGAGCUGAAGUCGGAUGCUUAAUUGACUGAGCUACAUCUAGUAUUUUCUAAUGCUCAUCCACACAUGGUGCAAUUCUAGGUACAUUUCAAGGAAUAAGUAAACUUAUAUAAAAUUAAAGAAACAAUGAAGUGUUUUCACAACCAUACUCAAACAUACAGAUAGUUAGUUUUGUGGCGAAUAGUUACGAUAGGAAACAUCAUGAGUAUAGCUGAUGGCACCACUUCUGUUUGGUGAAUAUGAAGAAUGAAAUGGAUACUGAAAUAAGAAAAAUUUACUUCUGUAAUUCAGGUAUCAGUUAGAGCCUCUAGUCCCUUUAGGAUCUAGAUCAUAUUUACAUUAUCACAUUUUUGAUUCCCAGUGAGAGUCUGAAACCUCUCCCAAGAUUUCUGCAGAUUCCCUGUCAGUCUGGUCCCUACAUUUGUGCGUGUUUCCAUUGUCUACAUUUUGUGAGACUAGCAUAAACUUGGCUCUUUCCUCAACUCUCGACAAACCAACUUAAGAAAUGUGGCUAAAAGAGACUUGACUAAAUUGAGUCACGUUACGGCAACGCAAACAUUUCAAGUUGUAGGUUAGACAGAGCUCUGACGGUGUCCUUCAGCGGCCUCUCCCUGGGAAGUUGCACUGUACCUUCUUUGCUUCGGAUGAUGCCCAGCAGGACAUCAUUUUGCAGGCUCUGCUUUUGCCCCAUGCAUUCUCUUGUUCUACCAGUACCAAAAUGAAAUUCACAUUUUUUUCUUAUGCAAAAAUUCAAUCCCAAGUUAUUUAUUAAACAAGAAUGUUUUUCUUCUAAGUCUGUGCUAGAUAGCGUGAAUAAAAUUUUAGCCUCUGCUUCACUUAGUUAUAUAUUUGUUAAGUUAGCAGUCCUGCAGAGUAAAUCAGCCAGUCUUAAAAAUGGACUGUGUCAAGCGUGUGGAUCUAAAAUAGUUUCAGGACAGAGAAUCAAUGUGAAAAUUUCAAACUGUAUCAGAAAAUUAUAAGUGUUAUGGUGAAAAAGAAUAAACUUUAGAAAAGGUAAGUAGUGCUUUGUGGAGUUACUAAAACCACCAAAAAGACAGUAAGCAGUUUAAAACUUUGUCUUUACCUUUUUGUACCUCCCUUCUAGAGAAGGUAAUCACAUCCAUGAUGCUAAUCAUGACCCUAUACUCAUAACAUUGCCCGGGACUUGAAAGUGAUAACAAUUAGACUCUCAAUAGCAUUAGUAAGUUUGAAGGGAGGAUCCAAGUGUCAUGUGUGAAAGCUUAAUAAAAGAUAUUUUAUUAUGAGAUUUUAGAUUCUUCCCCACUUUCCCUUCCCAUUCCCACCCCCCAUGCCCAUUGUACUUCUAGAGGAGAAAGCCAUUAUUGAAGCUGAUCUUCUAGUCAGGUUGUCAAUAACCAUUGACCUUAGUUCUGAAAGGAGUCAGUAUCCUUAGAGAUGCAGCGACUGUGUGCACAGCGCCCCCUGGUGAUCAGACACUGGGUUUUCAGUGUGGAGACAGGAGAAAGAGUCUCCAAGAAAGACUGUCGGGUUUCCUGUUGUAAUUUUUGAGACUUUAUCGACCCCACCAAAAAGUUUCUAGUAACAAUUCGCCUUUGGAGAUACUUUGCAGAUAAAGAUUUUCCAGAAUCUCCCCAUUUCAUUUUUAACCUUGACUUUUUUUUUCUUUUCAUUACUUCCACAUGUAAAGCUAUUUCUAUUAGUAUAGAAAUAUGUAAAUUUCCACAUGUAAAUCCAAUGUCAGAGACUGAGUGGGGCUACAAAUGAAGUGAAAUGAAGUAUGCUUUCAGUAUGCAAUACUGAAAAAAUUGAUAUCGAUGACAUGUGGGACAAAUAAUUAAAAACAUAAAGUAAUAUGUCUUGGAAAUGUUAAGAUAAAUGAAUGGCUUAAAGUAAGUUACUUGCAUUUGGGCAGACAGAAAUCAGUGAUGAUUAGAAAACAUUUUACAUAUGUGUUUAUUUAAUCCUAUCUCACCAUGUUCUGGAAAGAAUUUGAGACCAUACAUACAUUCAAUACAAGAUAAAAGGAAAGUUGCAAGGUAAUCAGAGCAGCUGGAGAAAUAAAGGGUACCAUUCAAAAGGAAAAGAAGGAAGGCUUGGCUUUGGUAUAUAGGGAAAGGAGAGAUGUUUAGAAUAUACUACUUUCAAAGGCAGAGAAUCCCCUUUCCCUCAGAGUGCUUAAUCAAGUCUAGGUGAUACUCACUGGGGAUUCUGCUAAGGGACUGAUGCAUGGGCUAGGAGUUGAACUAGAUGGCUUCCCUUCUGGCCCCAGUGCAUGAACAAAGCAUUCACUGAGACAUUAUUGUGUGUGUAUCACUGUCACUGCUUCUAUUGGGAUAAUAUAAAAGAGCUUUAAGACUGAUAUUCCUGAAAGUGCAAAGUGUCUUCGUUAUUAUAUGUUGAGAUACACUACUAG